AUGGGAGGUCAGACAGGAAGUAUGACAGCCGGAAGCGGUACUGUGAAUACUGCAUAUCCUAUGGGAGGUCAGACAGGAAGUAUGACAGCCGGAAGCGGUACUGUGAAUACUGCAUAUCCUAUGGGAGGUCAGACAGGAAGUAUGACAGCCGGAAGCGGAACUGUGAACACUGCAUAUCCUAUGGGAGGUCAGACAGGAACAAUGACAGCCGGAAGCGGUAUUAUGAAUACUGCAUAUCCUAUGGGAGGUCAGACAGGAAGUAUGACAGUCGGAAGCGGUAUUGUGAAUGCUGCAUAUCCUACGGGAGGUCAGACAGGAAGUAUGACAGCCGGAAGUGGUACUGUGAAUACUGCAUAUCCAAUGGGAGGUCAGACAGGAAGUAUGACAGCCGAAAGCGGUACUGUAAAUGCUGCAUAUCCUAUGGGAGGUCAGACAGGAACAAUGACAGCCGGAACCGGUACUGUGAAUACUGCAUAUCCUACGGGAGGUCAGACAGGAAGUAUGACAGCUGAGAGCGGAACUGUGAACACUGCAUAUCCUAUGGGAGGUCAGACAGGAACAAUGACAGCCGGAAGCGGUAUUGUGAAUACUGCAUAUCCUAUGGGAGGUCAGACAGGAAGUAUGGCAGCUGGAACCGGUACUGUGAAUACUGCAUAUCCUACGGGAGGUCAGACAGGAAGUAUGACAGCCGGGAGCGGUACUGUGAAUGCUGUGGGAGGUCAGACAGGAACAAUGACAGCCGGAAGCGGUACUGUGAAUACUGCAUACCCUAUGGGAGGUCAGACAGGAAGUAUGACAGCUGAGAGCGGAACUGUGAACACUGCAUAUCCUAUGGGAGGUCAGACAGGAACAAUGACAGCCGGAAGCGGUAUUGUGAAUACUGCAUAUCCUACGGGAGGUCAGACAGGAAGUAUGGCAGCUGGAACCGGUACUGUGAAUACCGCAUAUCCAAUGGGAGGUCAGACAGGAACAAUGACAGCCGGAAGCGGUACUGUGAAUACUGCAUAUCCUAUAGGAGGUCAGACAGGAAGUAUGACAGCUGGAAGCGGAACUGUGAACACUGCAUAUCCUAUGGGAGGUCAGACAGGAACAAUAACAGCCGGAAGUGGGAUAGUCAACUCGGUCCAUAUGACUGGAAGCCAAGCAGGAACAGCGUCAUCCGGUACUGUGAAUUCUACAUAUCCAGUGAAUACUGGAGCGACGACAACCGGAAGUGGUGUCGCUACUUCUGCAUAUCCUGCGGUUGCACAAACAGGAACCGGAAUCGGAAUCACAGAGGCUACGGGAAAGAGUUCUACCAGUCAGACAAUUUCGUUAAUGGGAUAG